AUGCAGAAAGCAGCUUUCGCUGAGCAACAUGGGAAGAAGAGCGCUGACAAGUCACGCUCAAGUGAACCGUCGGGCGCUGUUGUGACCAAAGCUGGGCCAGUGGCAUCAGGUUCUGCGCCGCCUUCAUCUUCUUCAACCACAGCUACGGACAUCCAACCCGAGCGUGCGGCAAAGGAUAUUUUUCAACGUGACACAGAAGUGAUAAAUGCUGAGGUGAUGUGGUGUCUCAAUGCUGUCAUGACGCACACAUCAUUCCGUGCUGCCGCGGCAUCGGCUUCUCUGUUCCCGUUGAUGUUCCCAUCAUCAGCUACUGCCAAGAAAGUGCAGCUUGGCAAAGAUAAGGUGGGAUAUACUAUUGUCUAUGGCCUCGCACCUUUCUUUAGAGAGAGCCUCGUGUCGGAAUUGAACCAAGCCUCCUACCUCGUCUUAGCGUUUGACGAAUCGUUAAACGAAGUUGCACAGAAGGAGCAAAUGGACGUGUUGGUUCGCUUUUGGUCGGAUGCAGAGGGAAGCGUGAAAACACGCUACCUGACGUCAUGCUUUCUUGGGCGCACGCGAGCUGAAGAAUUGGUGUCCGCAUUUAAAAGUGCCACUGAUGGACUCUCACGUUCGAAAAUUCUUCAGAUAUCAAUGGACGGGCCAAACGUCAACGUGAAGUUUCUCCGUGAGAUCAAGCAGGAACUGUGUGAAUCCAAUGACGGCCACCAAAUUCUCGACGUUGGAAGCUGUGGCCUUCAUGUGGUGAACGGCGUGUUCAAAACCGGACACGCGGCAACAGGAUGGCAACUUGUGGAAUUUCUCCGGGCUAUGCGCCAGUAA